CCAAAGUGGAUCUGAGUUUGUGUGUCUGAGUCAGUCAGUUCACCUUUUUGCUCUUGUUUUGCUCAAUGUGCUAGCGGUGACGAUGGCGGAUGCACCCCUGCCGACGUUUAAGCCUGCUCUGAUAGAAAAGAUCUUUGAGCAAUCGUGGGGCGGUCGCAAGCUGCGCACUGCCUCGGACAGCACACGACUGACGGCCGAGUUCAUGCGCGUCUUUGUCAUUGAAGCCAUGGGGAGAGCCGCAAGUGUCGCCAAGGCGGAGGGCAGCGACACCAUCGAGCCGCAUCAUCUUGAAGCAGUUUUGCCAGAGCUCCUGCUCGACUUUUGACUCGCACAGGAUUCAUAUGGCGAUGAUGAUCAAACCUAGCACUCUGGAGAGCAGUUGCAGUGUAUGUUCCUUUGCUCAGAAGCCAAGCAUUCAAGAUCAAGUUCAAAGUGAAUCAAAGAUUGUUUGAAUGAAUUGAAUUUGCACCUCUGCAGUUAUCAUGUAACCUACAGAGUGAGCAGCUGUUGUACACCACAUGAACAAAGCAACUAUAU